UGAGUUUAUAUCAAAUAGUCCGUAUUAAUUUUGAUACACCCUGUACGUCGGGUCUACGUGACUUUAGUGGCUCUUGGUACAAGUUAAUUUGUAUGCACUACGUCACACUCGGUACUCCCUGUGAUCGGACCCAUCAUUACAUUUUUUCCAACCGAAGCAGUAUCAACGUGGUUCUUAUCUUGAGGCGGAAACGAAGCACGUGGCUGAAUUUUUUCUCCCCCUUUAGGUUUCAUCUUGACAUUUUUCCUGUAUUCGGAAUGCCACCACGAAAACGAGCGGCGACCCAGAGAUCCCCGGCCAGGGGGAUCGGGAAAAAACGUAACCGCCGGACACCAGUUCAACUCCGGGAACGAAGCCCACCUCGCACCGCCACAUCUUGGACGGAUCGACAAGCCCCGGCAGAGGGGCAGUCACAGCCCCCUGAGGAGGCCCCUCAAUUUCCAAUGGAUAGUACACCGGAUAACCCGGAUGUGGUACAACACAAAGACGGUAAUUGUGUAAAUAAAUGGUUUUUUUUUUAACAAAGUAUGUUUACCAUACGUUGCAGUUUUUCAUGUGAUAGCCAUAUCUAUGAAAUAUAUUAUAUCAAUAUACCGUAGGAGAUCUGUCCAUCAAAUGUAUGUAGCAGGUGCUUCCUUUGUUAAAUCUGUUAUAUCUAUGCGCAUACGUCUUCGUGUUACGUGUUUUCCCUUCAAGACUACCAGUAUGAAGACGUGGUGGGCUUUCCUGUGUUGUUUCAUUGCAUACACUUGCAGUUUUAAUACAAAAGGUUCUCACACCUAUUCAAAAUGUGUGGAAAAUGUUGCUAUUGGAAAAUCAGUGUCGGUGAGUUCAACACACAGCGGGUUUCCACCCUCAAACGCUGUGAAUGGAUACCUCAAAGACUUCAUGCAUACAUCAGGGGAAGAAAGCAAUCCAUGGCUCACAAUAGACCUUGGAGGCACAUUUCUGGUACAACAGAUUGAAAUAUUCAACAGAGCGGAUUGCUGCGGUGCUCGUUUUCAUGAUGCGGAGGUGACAGUUGGGGAAUCCCUGGAUAACCUACAAUUCUGCGGUCAUUAUUCGGGACCAGCAAUGAACGGGGAGAGAAUAGCGAUGUGGUGUCCUCCACACACAAUUGCUCGUUUUGUUAAAAUCCAGAUUGUAAAAGGAACAGUGAGCGUAUUGCAUGUGGCGGAGGUCCUCAUUUGGGGAGUGCCUGGAGGAAAUUCUCUAUAUUCACUCCCGUCUACAAAUUGUAUGACCAAUGUUGCACUGGGGAAAUCUGUGACUGCAAGUACAUCAUACGGACACUUCCAACCGUCAAACGCUGUGAAUGAAUACAUCAAUGACUUCAUGCAUACAACUCGCGAAGGCAGACCGUGGCUUAUGAUAAAUCUUGAGGACAGAUUUCUAGUACACAAGAUUGAAAUCUUCAACAGAGCGGACUGCUGUGGUCAUAGGUUCCAUGACGUAGAUGUUAAAGUAGGAAUAUCUAAAUCAAAACUACAUGGUUGUGGACACUAUAGAGGGCCAGCUCAGAAGGGGGAAAAAAUAGUGGUGACUUGUCCUUCACACUCCAUCGCUCGCUUUGUCAAAAUCCAGAUUGUAAGAGGAGCACAUAAUGUCCUAAAUGUAGCUGACGUCAUUGUAUGGGGUGUACGUGACACAAGGCGGCGUCAGAUAAUUUCCACAUAAACAAAAAAAAAAAUCUAUUGUACAAUCAAUUACUCAUUCAAUUAUCUGAAAUAGUUUGAGUAAAAUUGUAAUUUGUUUGCUUUGAACUAAUAUUCAAUAAAUACUCUAGCAACUCUG